GAAGCUGCCGGGCGCCUUCCUCUUGCAUCGCGGCUGCAGCUCGCUGCUCUUCCCGCGUCCGCUGGCACAUCCUCCUGCUCGCGCGGUCCUGCCUAUCGCCUGGUGCCGCCAGCCGCCGCUCAGACCGAGAAGUGAGCCACCUCCAGGAACUUGGUUUUAAAAUGGAACAUUUCGAUGCAUCACACAGUACCUAUUUCAGGGCAUUACUGGGCCCCCGAGAUACAAGGGUGAAAGGAUGGUUUCUUCUGGACAAUUACAUUCCCACGUUUGUCUGCUCUCUCAUUUAUUUACUCAUUGUGUGGCUGGGACCAAAAUACAUGAAGAAUAAGAAGCCGUUCUCUUGCCAGAGAAUUCUUGUGGUGUAUAACAUUGGACUCACCUUGCUGUCUCUCUAUAUGUUCUAUGAGCUGGUGACAGGUGUGUUGGAAGGCAAAUACAACUUCUUCUGUCAGGGAACACACUCAGCAGGAGAGGCAGACAUGAAGGUCAUCCGUGUCCUGUGGUGGUACUACUUCUCCAAACUCAUAGAAUUCAUGGACACCUUCUUCUUCAUCCUCCGCAAGAACAACCACCAGAUAACAGUCCUCCAUGUCUACCACCACGCCACCAUGUUCAACAUCUGGUGGUUUGUGAUGAACUGGGUUCCCUGCGGCCAUUCUUAUUUCGGUGCGACACUCAACACCUUCAUCCAUGUGCUCAUGUACUCGUACUACGGCUUGUCCUCUGUCCCUUCCAUACGUCCCUACCUCUGGUGGAAAAAGUACAUCACUCAGGGGCAGCUGGUCCAGUUUGUGCUGACAAUCAUUCAGACGAGCUGUGGACUCCUCUGGCGGUGUAGCUUCCCCCUUGGGUGGUUGUUUUUCCAGAUCGGAUACAUGAUCUCCCUGAUUGCGCUCUUCACAAACUUCUAUAUUCAGACUUACAGCAAGAAAGGGGCCUCUCGGACGAAAGAGCACCUGAAGGGCCACCAGAACGGGUCCAUGGCUGCCGUCAACGGACACAGCAGCAGCUUCGCUUCCCUGGAAGGCAACGCGAAGCAGAGGAAGCAGAGGAAGGAUUGACAUGGCAGAGCCGAGCCCUCCAGACCAUGGCGUGUGAUUGUAAGCACAGUAUGAGUUGUGCCCUGACGCUCGUAACAGCUGCUGUCACUAGUCUGGCCUACUGUAGGGUGAUUUAUGUAGGACCUUUCUCAUCAGUUCAAAGCCCCUAGAAUAUGUACACAGAUUAUACAAGUAGGCAAACAACUUCUCACAUUUCUGGGCUCUCCUCGACCCCUGCGCUAGAUGGUGGAAAGGGAGUGUUAUUGUAGUAUACGACACUGCUGUUGCCUUAUUAGUCCUAACAUGAUAGGUGCUGAAUUGUGGUUCACAAUUUAAAACACUGUAAUCCAAACUUUUUUUUUUUUAAGUGUAGACCAUGCAUGUGAUUGUGAAUGUAAAUUUGUAGGAUGCUGUUAACAGUAGAAAAACACACAAUGCCUUAAGACUUUAAAAAAAAAAAAAAAGCAGGGCCCAAAGCUUAGCAGUUUAAUUAGGGUAUGUUUCAACUUUGUAUUCAUUUGUAAUAGCUCUGUUUAGGGAAAAAAAAUCAGAUAUGUGAUUUCUGAAACAAGAGUACGGUGUGUGACUCCAGUGUCCUGGUGGCGCAGACUCUGACGACCUUCGGUUUUAUACUGCUGGCUUUCAUCAACAGGCGAAGUCUAGUGGGACAGUCGGUUUAACUUUUUAACAGAUCUUAUUUUUUUAUUUUGAGUGCCACUAUUAGUGUGUUUAAAGAGGUGGGGAAAGGGUCCAAAGAUGUCUUGAGACACUUACAUAUCUCUUCUUGGUCCCCCCACCCCCCGAGUCUAGGGUGACUAUAGGAGGGUGAGCAGGCCACUUCUGAAGUGCUGAGUGUUUAUAUGCAGGAGACAGAAAGUCCACUCUACUUCCCGCCAUUUGAAAAGAGGAGAAAUACCUUUCAGGAAGGGUGACUAGAUAUUUACUACAUGACAGUCACAUGGACCGACCAUGGGGAACUGGUUACCUGGGUCCAAAGUUUGUAUUGUUUUUCUGUAGUGCUAUUUUGACAUAUACUUCCUUUUUAAAUGUGCCUAAUUUACCACGAGACCAGGAAGCACCUUAAGUAUUUUGAGGUAAAAUUAAAGACAUAGCUAGAGCAUGAAGGAACGGGCAUCUGGGGAGUGAUUGCUUAUUCAGUGUAAAGCUUGGCAGCGUCUGUAAUUUUUUUUUUUUUUUUUUUUUUUUUUUUGCUUAGCAUCUAAAGAUUGGUUUAAAGCGCUUGUUUAAAAGUAACAGACUGCUUAUCUUAAACUCGUGUCUCGUCCACCUGAGGCAGUGGUCAUACAGAUGGGGACUCUUAUGUGUGUCGUUUUUUUAAAGUGUUGAAAGUUUAGCCUUUGAAUACCUUCUGCAUUGAAAAAGAAAUUCAUUGAACCACUCUCGACACAUCUUAGCAGAUGAUUGACAAUGUAUAAACUAAUUGUGGUUUGAUAUUUAUGUAAAUAUCAGUUUACCAUGCUUUAAUUUUGCACAUUCAUAUUAUAAGGAGCCAAUUGGUCCUAAUUAGUCUUGUGGGUUUUCUGUUUGGAAGGAGUUGCAGCAUCUGUUUACAUUUAUCAAAUUUAGAAUGUGUAUAUUUGUGUGUGUCUUCAUCCUAGGUACCAGUUUGCAGGUGUCUUUACGUAUUUCAGUACAAAGACUAUAACAUUCAAUAGUGUGCUGUCAAAAUGUGCUUAGCUCAUCUGGAUAUACCCACACUGUUGAUAAUGUCUAAACAUUAAUCAUUAAAACAUUUUUGAUUACCA